AUGCCGCCGAGAGGAAAUCGCGGAGACCGGGGUCGUGGUCGAGGAGGGAAUGCGCGAGGGGACAGGGGCCGCGGACGUGGCCGCGGUGGCCCGCAGCGUGGCGGGUCUCCGCACCCUCCUUCGCCAGCACCGGCACCUGCUGGGCAGAGACGCGGGGGCGGACCUGAUCCUGCCAAUCGCGGUACGGGGCGAGGUCGCGGUCGCGGUCAGACCGUCCAAGUUGCGUCACAGGCGACGACGAUCGCGGACGCGUCCGUCGUGCCCAUCGGAGUCAGACGUCCGGGCUUCAGCAAUGUGGGCAAAGAAGUACCCGUGCUGGUCAAUAUGUUCAAGAUGGAGAUUUCGUCGGGGUAUAUCUACCAGUACGACGACAUGAUUGGCGACAAGACGCUACCUGUUCGUCGGAACAUGGAGCUUUUCAAGCAACUUCAAUACGAGGUCGCUCCACAUAUCUUCCCGAGGAAAGUCUCGUAUGACGGAAGGAAGAUCAUGGUCUCGUCGUAUCGUCUGGACAUACCCAACGACUACCAGGAGUUCCAGAUUACUAUUGGUGCCGGCACCGCGAGCAAACCACCGCGCGUCCAUCGCAUCAAAAUUGAAUACGCAAGCAAGAUCAACUCUGAACUUUUGACCCGCUUCGUCGAAGGCAAGCAGUCAAAUGACGAAGAGGCUAUAACGGCUCUCCAGGCUCUCAAUAUCGUCUUGCGUAUGGAGCCUACGCAAAGGUUUCCUUUCAAUUCGCGCAGCUUCUACGUGCCCGAAGGCAAGAGGGUGCUUGCAGGCGGCAUUGAGCUAUGGCGAGGCUACUUCCAGUCUGUUCGCCCCGCUAUGGGCAAGCUCCUUCUCAACGUCGACGUGUCCGCCGGCGUUAUGUACCAGUCGGGCCCGUUGAUAGGGGUGUGCUGCAGCUUCUUGCGGCGUUCCAACGAUCCUUCAGUCCUUGCGCGUCUCGGCAACCGCGACUGGCUGGCACUCAAGCGGUUCUUGGUAGGCCUCAAGGUACUCGCAGGUGGUCAAUCGACCCAACGUCGGCCUCGCGAGAUAAAGAACUUGUCAACCAAACCAGCUAAUCAGCUCACAUUUCGCAUGAGAAGGGAAGGACAACCCGAGACCGACAUCACUGUCGCCCAUUACUUUCAGACCGUGACCAAUCGGCCACUGAGUUAUCCGAAUCUCCCAUGCGUCGAGGUCGGGGGAGGUGCAUUGUUGCCCUUGGAAAUAUGCAUUGUGCCGCCUGGACAGAUCAUGAAGAAGCAAGUCCCGCCAGAUGCGACGCGCGAGAUGGUCGAUUUCUCAGCGCAAAGGCCUCAGGAGCGCUUCGCUGGUAUACAAGAGGCACUCGGUCUUUUGAGGCAUGGGCAAAGCGAUUACGUUCAGCAAUUCGGCAUGUCAGUCGACACUACACCGCUUCAAAUAAUGUCUCGUACGCUGCCGCCGCCCACUAUGCUGUAUGGAGGAUCGUCGCGCGAGUCGGUCAAGUUUGGCGCUUGGAACAUGGCGAACAAGCAUUUCAUCAAGCCGAUGCCGUUGAAUUCGUGGGCUGUCAUGGUGCUCGAGCAGCAGACCAGGUUUAGACCGCAAACGCUACGCUCCAUGAUUACGGGCCUCAAGAAUGCGGCGCAAGCUUGCGGCAUGACACCGGUCACUGAUCCCAUGCUGGAAUGCUAUCGACCUGCUCAGCAGAGUAUUACGCGGCUCCUGGACGAAUUGCAAAACGAGUUCCGCAAAAAGAAGGUAGCGCCGCCACAACUCUUCGUGAUAGUCCUGCCCUUCAACAGCGAUCCCAUUUGGGCUGAGGCUAAGCAUUGGGGCGAUAUCCUUCGCGGUGUGGCCACGCAAUGCUUGAAGGCGCAGAAGUGCGAACGCGCCAACAUCCAGUAUUGGGCGAACGUGAUCAACGGCAAGCUCGGGGGCAUCAACACCAUCGUUGAUCCAGAGGACCCCACGAACAUCGCUGCGGACGUGCUCAAGAACCCUCACGAGAGGACCUUGGUUCUGGGGGCGGACGUUAUUCAUCCAAGCCCAGGCUCUGUCGGGCGCCCUUCGUUCACCGCUAUGGUGGGAAGCAUGGACCGCCAUGCAGCAAAGUACCGCGCCACCAGUCGGGCACAGACAUCGCGACAGGAGAUCAUCGACGACUUCGAGAACAUGGCAAAGGAGAUGAUCACUGCAAACAUGAACUACUGUGGCCUAGACGAGGGUGUGACCGGCCCUGCGCGCGCUCCCACGAAGAUCAUAGUCUAUCGUGAUGGCGUAUCCGAGGGACAAUUCAAACAGGUCAAGGAACAGGAGCUCCACAAGCUACAAGCCGCAUGCAAAGCGCUAGGCGUCCAAGCCAAGAUCACGUUCAUUAUCGUCGGAAAGCGGCACCAUAUGCGGAUGAACCCUCUGCGUGACGCCGAUAGGAGCGGGAAUGCUCCCGCGGGCAGCGUUAUUGACACCGACAUCGCGCAUCCAGUCGAAUACGAUCUGUUCCUGCAGAGCCACGCAGGCAUCAAGGGGACUAGCAGGUCCGCGCAUUACACGGUUAGCAAACGCGAUAACGGAUUCCGACCGGAGGCCUUGGAGCGAUUCACGUACAACCUAUGCCACGUCUAUGCUAGGGCGACCCGCAGUGUGUCUAUCCCGGCGCCGACGUACUACGCAGACAUCGUAUGCUCACGCGCGAAGACUCACUACAGUCCCGACGUCGAUCUCUCUGCCACGUCUGACACGGCUUCUUCGACUGCUGGUCAGACAACGGAAGCUGGUCUUCGAGCGGGGUUCCAGCAGGUGCACGCGACCCAAAAGAAUCGUAUGUACUUCCAGUAA